CGGUCUCUUGAAGUUCACAGCUGUGGGAAGAGGUUGCUUGAUUUCUGGGACUCCUGGUGAGGUCUCUUCUGUAAUCUAGAGGGCUCGAGUUUCCUGUGAGCAGUUUCAGGAGCUCUUUCUUUGUAAGCGCCAGUAACUGAGGAACUCAUGCUGUCUACCUGCUGAUUGUUCCCCCAUAUUAUUCUUUUAAGCUGAUCUGAGAAGGCCCACUUCUUGUUCAAUGGAUGAUGGCAUUUGAGCAGAUACCAAAAAAGGAUUGGUACAGCAUUCUGGGGGCAGACCCAUCUGCAAGUGUGUCAGACCUAAAACAAAAGUAUCAAAAACUCGUAUUAAUGUAUCAUCCAGAUAAACAAAGUGCAGAUGUGCCAGCAGGAACAGUGGAGGAAUGUAUACAGAAGUUCAUCGAAAUUGAUCAGGCAUGGAAAAUUCUAGGGAAUGAAGAGACAAAAAGAGAGUAUGACCUGCAGCGGCGCGAAGAUGAUCUAAGAAAUAUGGGACCGGUAGAUGCUCAAGUAUAUCUUGAAGAAAUGUGUUGGAACGAAGAGGAUCACUCUUUUUCUCUGAGUUGCCGAUGUGGUGGAAAAUACAGCGUUUCCAAGGAUGAAGCAGAAGACGUAACCCUGAUUUCUUGUGAUACAUGUUCACUGAUUAUAGAACUCCUUCAUUCUGGAUGAAAUUGUUCACUAAGUGGGAUCCUUUAACUGUGUAUUCAGACAUGUUGAAGAGAGCCCAUUCAAGUAAAUGUUUAAAGCUGAUAAAAAGUAGGAUUCUUUUUUUUGUCAGCUUUUAUUUACAGAGAAAGUAUAAGACUGUCAAGCAGGGGCCACCCCAGAUUAAUAGAAAAUUAAUUUAGUUAUUUAUAUGUAUUUAUAAUUUAUAUUUAUAGAUCACCAGUACAAAAGGACUUGAAUUUUAAGUUACACUUUCUGAAUUCCCAUCUGAAACCUUUGUUGUUUGGUCCAUUUUCUCCUUGGUAUAAAAUAAGAAUUUUCCUUUUCUUUAAGCAUGUCUCCUCAUGUUCCUUUGUAGUUACUGAGUUUCUGAAGUAAAAUGACAUUUCUAGCUGAUAAAGUUAGAGGCCUAUUGUUACAAGUAUCUCAAAGUCUCAAGUCAUUAGGAUUAAACUAUAAUCUUUGUGAAUAACAUAUGAGCCUAGUGCUCCCAUGAGGGCUGGAAAUGGAUACACAUGAAGUUAUUUCAAAGUUAAUAAAGAAGAUGAAGUGGCAACUGUAGAAAGGAUAGCUUUGGAAUCAAAGACUUGACUCUAGUCCUGGCACUGUAUUUCCAGAUUCUUCGUGUGGCUACAUUAAAGGGAAUAAAGCUUGAACAUUGCCAUCUUCAACUUUAAAUGUAAUGGUAAUGGUAACUUUAAAAAAAAAAAAUGAUUUGAAACAGAUGCAUUACUUUCCUUUUUAUUUUAAAGUACUAAGUAUCAAUUCCUGUAUUUAUGAAUAAGGAACCAUUGCAUUGCUGGUAUGAUCAAAUGGACUUUUAUAAUGUUAUUAUUGAUUAUAAAAGACUCUAAAGAUUUUAUUUUUCUCUGUAUUUGAUACUCUAUGUACAGUAUAAGUCAGGACUCAUUUAAAAAAAUUGAGGAAUCCUUUAUGGGAUCACUGGAAUUUUAUUACUUAAUUUCAACUGAGUGAACCAAGCAUGUGACUUAGCAGCUUUCUAUUUGGUUGAACUCAUGGUAUUUAUUAUUGGUUUGGACUUAAAAGACUAAUUACUACUCUGACGUGUAAAUGUAGCAAAAGUAUGGGGCAUAUUCAAGAAAAGAUUACUUUCAUUAUAGCAAUAAAACCAAAAAUUCAGAAGAGAGGUUGUCAUCCAGGUUUUUUCCCUAAAAAUAUUUUUAUAUCUAUCAUAAAAUUUAGAUUACUUAUUUUGGGUUACAUUUUUAUCCAUAUAUUUGGAACUAAUAGAGCCUGCUGUAUGUAUCACUUAUUCUUUACGUAUAGCAAUUACAAAUGACUAAAACUAAGUAGCAAAUGGUUUAUUAGUAAGUACAUGGUUUCAGUGGCAAUAAUAAAUUCACUUGGAGAAAAUAAUCAAAUCAAAAGAGUAAGUGCUUGCUAAUCGUCAGAAAAUCUGUGGCCAUUAGGGCUGUCACGUAGAAAUCCAAAAUCACUCAGAGGCCAAAUCUGUAAAAUUAAAAUGUGAUUGAAGACAGUUAAUGAAAGUGUUAUAUCAUCAUCAUAUUCCCCUUUUUUAUUCAUACCUUUUCUCUGUGCCAUAUAAUUAAACACUUCCUCCUUAUUUCUAGUCAAGAACAAAUUCUCAAUACCAAAAUAAGACUUUAGAAAGUAAACUUGUACGUGCCUAUGUAUUUAAACUCUCAAGUUUUGAACACUGAUAUGUUAUACAAGAAAUUAUGUGUGUGUGGUGUGUGAAUAUAUAUGUAUGAAUAUGUGUGUCUGUGUUAUCUUUUACUACCCUCAAAUAAAGUUAACUGUAAACCUAA